UACGGGAAAUAACGGUCUGCAAUUUUUUAGUCGAUCCUUGAUCAAAGGGAGAUAACAAAGUAAAAAACAACAACACGUGAAAAUGUCAAAGAAAUUAAAAUCACUUCUUACUGACCACCCUUCUUUAAACUAUAGCGAAGUGACUGGAAAGGUAACAUGUUCACUAUCUGGUCAUGAGAUGCCAUAUAAGGAAGAAGCUAUCAGAAGUUAUGUUACCGGGAAGAAGUACAUAAAACUCUUGGAAAGAGAGGACAAAAACUAUGAGAAGUACAAGCCUCAUCUGGUACCCAGCACAAAGAAACAUCAUGAGCACCAGUUAUUCUGUACACUGACAAUGUGUCAUGUAAAUAAGACAUUAGCUCAUGUAGAAAGACAUGUUAAUGGAGGAAAAUUCAAGAGAUUUUUGGCAAGAUGGGAGGAAUGCCAGAGAACUGGGAAAGAGUAUCGUCCACCAAGAGGUAGAAGGAAAGUUCAGGAAAAUCUAGAUUUGAGAAAGAGAGCUUACUCUGUGGAGGAAGGUGGAGAGGAUGAUGAAGGGGAGAUAAGUGAUACUGACAGUCUAAGUGAUCUAUAUCCAGCAGCUGAUAAAGUGACUUUAGAGGAUCAGGUUGAGCACGGGGAAGUAGCUGGUGGUAGUCAGGUAGAUGAAGAUGAUGAUUCUGAUUUUGAGUUUGAAGAAAUGGAAACAGAAAAUAUCAAACAAUCUCCAAAUAAAACUGAUACAGAACAGAGAGGACAGAAAAGAAAUAAAUUCAAGGCUGGAAGACAUUCAAAGCAAUCUAAGAAGAAAAUGCAAAAGAUAACCUGAAAGUUCUGUAAUUAUUUAUUUUUGAUCAUAGCUAAUAAAGUCACUAAACAUUG